CAAUAAGUUUCUAAAAAUAGCACGUGGGUCAUUAAAAGAACAUACGGUUAAAUGACUUUUAUACUAGACCGAUUUUUGUCAUUAUUUAAUGGCGGAAUGAAGGCUUACAAAGUUCAAGACGUGAAACGCGAACAGAGAAUAGGAGUGACGGCAAAAAACUUUAAGGAACUACUGGAGAAAGGGGCAGAAAAAUUAAAGUUGAAUCCAGAGGAGGUUACAGUUGUAAUUGAAGAUGAUGGCACUGCAGUAACAGAUGACAAAUUUUUCAAAAAGCUUCCAGCUCAAACUGUGUUUGUCUUUUUGAAGAAAGGCGAAACUUGGAGAGGAGCUGGGGUCCUCAUUCAUGAUGCUCUCAGCAAGCUAUAUUGUGCAACGCGGAAGAACGAGAUUGCCUCACAGAUUCGUGAUCUUCUCAUCACUGAAAAUGCACCAGAGAAGAUCCACAUUAUUUCUCAGUACCUUGAACUUUUAGAGACAAACACAUCCUCGGAAAAAAGGCAGGACCAUGAGGACUGGUUUGAAGGCCUCAAUAAGAAAUAUAAAACCAAAAGUGAGGUGAUGAGACACAGUGCACAAACUCGGAUACGCAGCUAUUACAUGACAGCAAAGGAACAAAUAGAAAGAGAAGCAGACAAAGAGUACAAACAGGAUCUGCUUGAUCUCCUUGAGGAAGGGUUCCAGAUACUCAAGAAGUCAGACUUUCAUUCAUCUUACUUCGACCGAACAGCAAGUGAAAAACAACGAAUGUGUGACAAGCAGGGCUGGUUUCGCUGUGAGGGACCCUUUGACAUGGACAACUGUGACAAAUUUCACACCAUUAACCCGUAUGCUUCCAAAGGAUAUAGGCAGCUAUUUGGAUUGUGGAAUUUAGAUCACAUAAUAGAAAAAUCUCGAGAAGUAAUUCCAAGGUUUAUUGAGGCAGCACGCAGUAAACAGAAACAUCAGGACCUAAACAUAGAUCUUCUAUACAAACUACUCUUCACCAGGGAGAACCUUAAACUGGUUCAGGUUGGCUGUCACAAAAAGGCUGCCCGAGAAUCAGGGAAAAUAACAUGGAAUGACUUCUGUUCUGAAGGAUGACGACUAUUUUAGCAUAUAUAUUCACUCUAAUAUUUUCUGUUUUUGUUAUAUUUAUGGUAGUGUUAACAAUUACUGUCGAACUCAAGAAACUUGUUACCUGCAUGGAUAUGAAGUUUAAACAUGAUUACUUUCCAAGAUGAGGAUAAUGUGAUUAUCUGUACUCUGAGGAGUUUUCAUUUUAUUAUUUUAGAUAAAAUAUUUUAUUCUUAGUUACUUGUUAUUCACAGUUUAUGACUGUUAGCUCAUUUUUAAAUGAAUUAGUAAAAUGCAGACAUAUGCAUUGUUGUUAGAUCUAUGUACAUGUCAGAUAUAUGAUUCACAAGAAUUAAGAUUUCUUUCUACUUGUACAAUGUAGAUAUUUUCUCAUAUUAUAACAAUAACUAUUACAUGUACUGUUAAAAUGAUAAAAAUUAUUAUAGUUAAUACUGUAAAAGAAAUGGUUUACCUAUUGAAAGAAAUGUAUUAAAUGACUCUUUAUAUUUUAUGAGGCAUAUUUUGAUACUGGCAUUUUUCACUUAGUUAUUAAUAUAAAUUAAAUGUCUUAAUGAUGAAAUUGAAUGUAGAACACAUACUUCUAACUUAUUUAGUAAUUAAAUUAUGUACUAAGUGCAUUCUUCCAUAUCCUGUGAUAUUACAUGUACUUUAUAAAAUUGAGCUGUUUGGGUUUCGAAGUCAUGAUUGAUAGCCAAAAGAUUGUGCCUUAUUUUUAUUGUGGUCUCCAUUGCAAUUAUAUCUCUGAAAUACUAAUCAAAUCUACCUGUUAUAUCAAUUAUGCGUUUAUUUUCUGACAAUUUUUUAAUCAUAAAUUUUGUUGCAGCAAAAAUUUUGAUAUAUAUUUACAUUAUUACAGUUUUUAUACAUGUACAUUGGAUGUACUGGUAAGCGUUUUGAAUAAAUUCUGAAAUAAAC